AUGAGCACCGAAAUAUUACAACAUGACCACACCACAAACCCUCACCAAACGGUGACAGUAAACAGCUACGAUUGGUUACAAUACCGUGAUCAGCAAGAACACCAUAAGGAUAGAAACACAAUAGUGUACGCGUCCCCAGGAGGCAGCCUGAGUACGAACACUUCAGACACGCCGCUGGGUCCGCAGCCCUUUAGCCCUUCCCGCGAACAGCUGGCCAACGUGUUAUUCGAGAGCCCGCGACUUGACCAAGGUUCAGGGUCUAACUCUGCUAUUGAGGUGCUUUCCGACACAGGGAAUAAAGCAUUAAGGCAAGAGGAUAAUGAAUACCGUUACGAAAUUCAGUAUUCGGUGUUUCGUCCCUUACAAGCGUAUCCAACAAGGAACUUCAUGUAUGAACAACUCCGAAGAAAAGAAGAAGAAGAACAGAGAAGAAACUUCGACCAUUUGGUUACUGACUGUAUAGAGGCCUCGGAGAAGUUUGGACGCGAGUUAGAAAGGAUUAAAGCAGGCUCGAGUGGUUCAUAUUUUGUGUAUGGAACAUCAGCCAGCGAAAGCAAACCUGUGGGCGUAUUCAAACCCAAGGAUGAGGAACCAUACGGCCCGUUGUCUCCGAAAUGGACCAAAUGGGCUCAUCGCACGUUUUUUCCAUGCCUGUUUGGGAGAAGUUGUCUAAUACCCAAUCUCGGGUAUAUCUGUGAAAGCGCGGCUAGCUUGCUGGAUAGACGGCUCGAAACGCAUCUGGUGCCCUUCACAGAUACCGCAUCUAUAAAGUCUUUGAAUUUCUAUGAUAACAGGAAAAAAUGGUUACUUGGAUACAAUUUCCAAAAGAAGAAACAAGAAAAACUGGGCUCAUUCCAACUUUUUUUGAAAGACUAUGUCAACGCCGAUGAGUUCUUUGAUAGGUAUCCAUUGCCGGGAAUGUAUUUUGAUGUUAAACAUUCAUUUCACCACAAAUCAGGCGAAGACGAUAGCAAUAUACCAGAGGGAAGCACGAACAUAAUAAAAGAUACAAAAUCGCCCAAGCAAAUAAACUCUUCACCGACAUCGGUCGAUUCUGAAGAAAGUACAGAAUUUGAGUGGACAGAACAGAGUUUAAGUCAAUUUAGAUUAGAACUAGAAAAAUUGAUCAUCCUAGACUACAUAAUGAGAAACACAGAUAGAGGCCUUGACAAUUGGAUGUUGAAAUUGAUCAAACUGCCCAAUAAUAAGUGGAAGAUUAAAUUAGCGGCCAUUGACAACGGUUUGGCCUUCCCAUGGAAACAUCCAGACGAGUGGCGUUUGUACCCAUACGGCUGGUUGUAUUUACCUUUGCACAUACUGGCCAAACCGUUUUCCGAACAAAUAAGAUCACAUUUCAUACCAAUAUUGACAAGCACCAAAUGGUGGGAAGAAUCAUACCAAGAGUUUUUGACUCUCUUCAGCAGAGACGAAGAUUUCAGCGUCCGAAUGUGGAAAAAGCAAUGGGCAGUACUAAAGGGCCAAGCAUUCAACGUCGUGGAAACUCUGAAAGACCCACGACAAGGCCCAUUGGAACUGGUUAGAAGAACUAGAUGUCAGGUAGUAGACGAAAAGAUGCAAGUUCCCUGCUGUCCGCCUCCCCUUUCUAUCUUUAAAAACGCUAUAGAUGAACCUAUCGGAUCAAACUCCUCUUCACCAAUGGUGCUUCCUAGCACGCCAAGCACGAUUCCAUCUCAUGUACACAGGCAAGAUGACAGCCACCCUGUAUAUUAUGAUUCCAGCCUCCAUCCUUUUGCGAACAAAAAAACUGUGAUGGUAGAACGAUUACAAAUAGUUAAUUCCACCCCUGUAUUCACCUGGUGCUGA